AUGCAGUUGCAUUUAGCUGACAAGACUCCAAUUUUCGUUAAAUCGCGCCCGCUUCCCCUCGCACUUCGCGCGCCGGUCGAGCGCGAGUUGGAGCGGUUGCAGCGAGAUGACGUCAUUUAUAAGGUAGACCGUUCUGAUUACGGUACGCCUAUUGUUCCUAUAAUAAAAAAAAAUGGAGACAUUCGUAUUUGUGGAGACUUUAAGGUCACUAUUAAUCCGCUAUUAAAAGAUUUUCAUUAUCCUCUUCCACAAAUUGAAGAUAUAUUUGCUACCCUUGGGGGAGGCGAACAGUUUUCUAAAUUAGACUUGUCCCACGCCUAUCAGCAAGUGUUAUUAACGGAGGACUCGCAACCCAUGACCGCUAUAACUACACACAUAGGCACCUUCGUUUACAAGCGAGUACCUUUUGGAAUAAAAUGUGUUCCUGAGUAUUUUGAAAAGUUGAUCGAAGAAACUCUGUGUGGCUUAUCCUCUACUGUAGCUUUUCAGGACGAUAUUUGUGUGACUGGCAAAGACAGAGAGACUCAUUGUAAAAAUUUACGUGCCGUUUUAGCCCGAUUAAAAGAGGCCGGGUUGCGAGUAAAUUGGUCUAAAUGUGAAUUCUUUAAGGACAGUGUAACAUACUUAGGAUACAAAAUUGAUAAAAAGGGUCUACACACUGAUGCAAAUAAGAUAAAAGCUAUUGUUUCGGCGCCAUCACCGAAAGACAAAAAUGUAAAAUGGUAUUGGAGUUGCGAAUGUGAAAGUGCCUUCAAAAGAGUUAAAAACAUUCUCAGUAGUUCGCCUGUGCUAGCACACUACGAUCCCAAGUUACCGUUGCUGUUGUCGGUGGACAGUAGCGCGUAUGGACUCGGCGCGGUUCUCACGCACCGCUACUCCGACGGAUCGGAACGUCUUAUCAGUUCCGCCUCGCGUACUCUUAAUGAGGCCGAGCAACAGGGAUGCUUGGUUUGGGGAUAUAGAGUAAUUAUCCCUGCCAGUUUGCACUCCGCUGUGUUAGACGAAUUACAUUCCGGGCAUAUAGGCGUUGUUAAAAUGAAACAGCUGGCUCGGAACUAUCUGUGGUGGAGCGGCUUGGACGCCGAUAUUGAGCGCGUGUGUCGCGAGUGCACCGCAUGCGCCGCGCUGCGCGCACAGCCGCCGCCCGCGCCGCUGCACUCGUGGGAGUGGCCGGUGGAGCCUUGGUCGCGGUUGAAUGUUGACUUUUUAGGUCCGUUUCGUAAUAAAUAUUAUUUAGUUAUUUUAGAUGCUCAUUCCAAAUGGUUGGAAGUGGAACCAGUGCCAAAUACUUCGGCAGCUACCGUUAUAUCUUGCCUGCGCAAAAUAUUUGCCCGGUUCGGUCUAUGCAAGGUCAUUGUGAGCGACAAUGGUCCACCAUUUUCUUCAUCCGAAUACUUACAUUAUUUGAAUAAGAAUGGAAUCAAGCGAAUAUUAGUCGCCCCAUAUCAUCCAUCGAGUAACGGUGCAGCUGAAAACGUUGUUAAAACUGUAAAGCUAGUAUUAAAGAAGGCUAUAAUCGAAAACGUGAAUUUAGAAAAAGCGUUAUGUACAUUUUUAUUUACAUAUAGAAAUACAGAACAUUGUACCACUCAAAAAGAACCCUCCGUAGCACUUUUGGGACACAGGUUACGCGGCAGGUUAGAUCUUUUACGACCGAAUACCAGAGAUGUCAUUCGCGAUAAACAAUCAAGUCAAGAAGAACGUCGCGGUGGCUCAUUGCGAGAAAUGAGCACUGGAGACCGGGUUCUGGUCCGGAACUAUAAUAAUAAUUUAGUAAAAUGGAAGGAAGGUGUAGUGUUGGAUAGAACCGGUCCCGUCUCCUAUGUUGUCAAAACAGACGAUGACAAUCGUACUAGUAGAAGACACGUUGAUCAAAUACUUGACAAAAAUUAUAAAAAAUCUAGGUAUACUUUAACAGGCAUGGUGGAUAAUGAAAACUCGGGAGAAAGAGAGAUGAAUGAUGAAGCGUUCAAAAGUUUCGAUAAUUCUGUUGUCGGUUCGUCUCCUGUAACAGAUACAGAAAAUCAGCUAGUAAAGGCACCUUCACCUUCUCAAGCGAUUCCCAAUACGAAUAGUCCUCUUCGUAUGGCAUUAAGACCGCGGGUCAAAAAGAUGAUGAAAUUGUAA